ACCAAAACCAGUAGAGAGAAAUUAAAUAAGAGUAGAAACAAAGAAAAAAUGUCAGGAAGAGGAAAAGGAGGAAAGGGUUUAGGAAAGGGAGGAGCAAAGAGACACAGGAAGGUAUUGAGAGAUAACAUUCAAGGUAUCACUAAGCCUGCUAUUCGUCGUCUUGCUAGAAGAGGUGGAGUUAAACGUAUCAGUGGUUUGAUUUAUGAAGAAACAAGAGGUGUUCUUAAGAUCUUCUUGGAGAAUGUCAUUCGUGAUGCUGUGACCUACACCGAACAUGCUAGAAGAAAAACUGUUACUGCCAUGGAUGUUGUUUAUGCUUUGAAGCGCCAGGGAAGGACUCUUUAUGGAUUUGGGGGUUAGGGUUUUAUCUUUCUUAGUUUCGAUUUGGGGAUUUUAUGUAAAAUUUCAGUCUGGGUUUAGGUUUUCUAAGCUUAACUUGUUAUGUUUUUUUUUUUUGCUUGGGUAUGGUGCAAUCCAGAUCUGUAUGUUUUGGAAAAAUGAAUAGAAAUCUUACCUUCUUCAA